GCUCCAGUGCCCUGCUCCUCCUCUGCUGCUGCUUCACAGGCUAGCCAGAUCCAGCUCCAGGUCCAGGUCCAGGUCCAGGUCCAGCACUGACGUGCCGCGCACUGCAUCUGAACAACAAACACCAAUCCAAAGAGCAGGAUGCAGCGAAUCAGGGAAAGCAUUCACAUACGAACAAUGAAGGCCAAGAGGAAAGUGGAGGAGAUCUCCAAAGAGGACGUGCAGGCUUUCCUCAAGAAGAACGCCUUCGUGCUCUUUACAGUUGGGUCAGUGAUUGUAGGUAUUGUUCUGGGAUUCGCGCUCCGUCCGUAUAAGAUGACCUAUCGGGAAGUGAAGUACUUCUCUUUCCCCGGAGAGCUGCUGAUGAGGAUGCUUCAGAUGCUCGUCCUGCCCUUACUGGUCUCCAGUCUAAUAACAGGAAUGGCAGCUCUGGACAGCAAAGCCUCAGGAAAGAUGGGCAUGAGAGCUGUGAUUUACUACAUGACCACAACCUUCAUCGCCGUCUUCAUCGGCAUCAUAAUCGUCCUCAUCAUCCACCCGGGAAAAGGAUCAAAGGAAGAGUUUGGAAAGCAGCAGAAGAUAGCAGAAGUCAGUCCUGCUGAUGCCUUCUUGGAUCUGAUCAGAAAUAUGUUCCCACCAAACUUGGUCCAGGCCUGCACACAACAGUUCAAAACCAAAUAUGGAAAGCGAACAGUCCACGUGACUGUCACAGUGAACGACACCCUCUUCAACUCCACCAACGGCACCCAGGAGGUGAUGGAGAUCACCCGGGAGGAGGUGAUCCCAGUGCCGGGUCAGGUGAACGGGGUUAAUGCCCUUGGGCUGGUGGUCUUCUCUAUGUGCUUCGGUCUAAUUAUUGGCAGCAUGAAGGAGCAGGGCCAGCUCCUGAGGGACUUCUUUGACAGCCUCAAUGAAGCCAUCAUGCGCUUGGUUGCCAUCAUCAUGUGGUACGCUCCUAUCGGUAUCCUGUUCCUCAUUGCAGGAAAGAUCGUGGAGAUGGAUGAUCUGACCCAGAUGGGCGGCCAGCUGGGCAUGUAUACCAUCACAGUCAUCAUCGGCUUAAUGAUCCACGGAGUUCUCAUUCUUCCAACUCUUUACUUUGUUAUCACACGGCAAAACCCUUUCAUAUUCAUCGCUGGGCUCCUGCAGGCUCUGGUUACGGCCCUGGGGACCUCCUCCAGCUCAGCCACCCUGCCUGUCACCUUUAAAUGUCUGGAGGAGAACAACAAAAUUGACAAGCGGAUCACACGCUUCGUGCUGCCGGUGGGUGCCACCAUCAACAUGGAUGGAACGGCUCUGUACGAGGCUCUGGCUGCCAUCUUCAUCGCCCAGGUCAACAACAUGGAGAUGAACUUUGGUCAGAUCAUCACCAUCAGUAUUACAGCAACUGCAGCGAGCAUCGGAGCGGCGGGCAUCCCCCAGGCCGGCCUGGUCACCAUGGUGAUUGUACUGACCUCUGUCGGACUCCCUACUGAUGACAUCACUCUCAUCAUUGCGGUUGAUUGGUUCCUAGACCGUCUGCGGACCACCACCAACGUUUUGGGGGACUCGAUCGGAGCCGGCAUCGUGGAGUUCCUGUCUCGACACGAGCUCCGCAGCAAAGACGUAGAGAUGGGAAACUCUGUGCUGGAGGAGAGGGAGAGGAAGAAACCCUACAAGCUCAUCUCCCAGGAUAGUGAUUUUGAAAAUGACAAACGUGCUCACAGUGAAUCAAACAUGUAGUUCAACCCUCAUGUAGAAGCACUUACAACUAGUUCUGUUUGGGGAAAAUGGACCUUAUUGUGUGUUGUUGUCAUUAUUUCACAUCUUUUGAUUUGUUGACAUUCCUUUAUUAUCAUGUCCUUAUAACAGUGAAUUUCUUACAUUCCUCUUUCAUCCCAAAUCACAAUGACGACAUUGUUUAGUAUAUUUAUUUGUCAGCUUGUUUCAAAUAAGACCAAGUGUUUUGUAUGUUUACUACUUUAAUAAAUAUUUUAACUUCUCACCUCGUGUAGACAUGGAGGUGAAAGUAGGGUUAGAUAUGUGCUGGAUGGAGGAUUUAAAAACUGCUGUUUUAAUAUUAACCACGGAGCUUUUGAAGAUUAUAAUGUGAAGAAAAAUACUAUAUUUUGAUUUUAACCAUCACAACAUUAGCAGGUUAAUAUUGUGGUUGUUACAAGUUAUUACAUGCAUUUGUGGUUUUUAUGUUUCAGUGGUACAGGCUCACAGAUUGACAGUUUGGUGUGUCUAUUAAAGCAUGAUUUAUCUUCUUAUUAAAAGCACAUCACUGAGCCAGACUGUU